ACGUCUCCAACUUGGGUGUUAACUUCUCGCAUAAAAUGUUACGUACUAACAAAUACGAAUAACUACUUUGUGAUGUGUGGAUGGACAUAAUUAUUUCAUAUGCCUGUGUUUCAUAACAAAGCGGCGAUGUGGUCCCGCAAGCAGUCUGUCUGCAGCGCUUUAAGUGGAGUCUCCAAAGGCGACGAGCCUUUGGCAUCAGGGAUCAAAGUCUACCCAUUCGCUGUUGCUUUAAGAGUUAGAGUAUUACAGAUUGUCUGUGGCAUCGGUGGUCUGGUGGUUGGCGCGGUUGGAUGGUUGGAAGAAAAACAAAAACCAGCGCUAGGAUUAGGUGUGCCGGCGGGAGCUAUAACAGUUGUAGCAGCAACUACCUCAGUAUACUUCAGCCGCGGUUUCGGAGGUUGGAACUCCGCGAGAUCUCGGACGUCAAGGUCUUGGGGAGCGCCGUGGAGAGUUCUCGGACCUGCUCCCUGUGCUGCCGUGCCUCUAACUGCGUUGUGGACAGUCGCUAUAGCCGCGCAUAUAGCAAUGCUAGUGAUUUGUAUUAGAACACUAAUGAAUUUAGGUUGUAGCAGCACAACGUGCGUGGGCGUUGCCGUGGCACAGCUCGUGGUGUCAAUCAGCACAUUGGCCGCCACUGUGUAUAUGCUGCAAUUGGAUCUCAGGUUUGAUCCCGCCGUCACCCCACCAAGACCUUCAAACGCACAUAUCUGUACUGCAGUUUCUAUGGUGCCACUGACAUCAGUAGCAGCCAACAGCGGUAACAGUGGGGAUGGUGAAGCUGGUAGCCCUUUCGGGAAGGAUAAGAACCCACAGUCAACACAAAUAGAACCCACUUGAUAAGAUUUUAUAUAUUGACAUGCAACCCAAUAAUCAAUCCGUUGUUCAUCUCAGUUAGAGCGUGCGUACACUUGAAACUUUGCAAACUUCGCUUUGAUUCCUAUGAACUUAUAUUGAGGUGUUCACACUACUCCAUUUCAGUUGUGCAACUAAACAGUUGAAUUGGCUGCGAAACAAUCGACAAUCGCACAACAGUACAAUAGUUUAGUCAAAGAAGUGCGCCCGCUGUUCCACUUUAAUACCUAGCUUAAUAACAGUGAAUAGACUAAUAUAUGAUAUCGAUCUAACCGUUUUCGUACGCACUUUCUUAUUACGUAAUUAAAAAAAAAUCGGAUCAAUCUUACGGAUGAUUUAUUGGGUCAGACAUAGACAUAGAGAGAUAGGUAAUAUUUUUUUAAGAAUACUAAGAAUAAUGCUUCUUGAAUCGAAAACUUUUUUAAUCUUAACAGCACGAAUAUAACCGUCCAUUCUCAUAAUUGAAGAUAAAUCAGUGGCGAUGUCAACCUUUAGUU